UCCGGUUUUGGACACUGCUGCAUGUCAGAGGGCGAGAAAGCGUGUUGCUGCUGCAGCUGCUUUGAAAUGGUUGUGGCCAAAAUUGAACGACUGUGGUCUUAGGAUGGCAAAAGCGAAAGCCAAAGAAUCACAAGCUCCAACGGCCAACUCCACAACUAAACCAGAGAAUCUAAAAAAACAACACCGGAAGGAGAAGAAGAAAAGGUUCUUUUGGAAAAAGAAAACCAAGCAGGUGGAGAAGAAAACACAAAAGGAUUCCAAAGCAGCAGCAGUGUUGCCUCCAAAAACUCCCCAGGAAGUCUCAUCGAACUGGAAGGCCUUGCAGGAGCUUCUGAAACAAAAGGCGGCCAGUGUGAAUUGCACUCUUACUGCACCAGACACAUAUUCCAAGAAAAAACACACACCCAAAGAGCAGGGAACUGUUCCCCAAACAUCAAGGGUCAAUGGAACUGAGAAGAGGCCGACCUUCAAGCCUGCAGAGAAAUCCAAGAAGAUUCGGAUGGAAGCCCUUGUUCAUCCAGGUGUCACAAAAUCUGAAAAACCUGUACCUGGAAAGAACUUGCACCAGGCCCGGGAGGAUGAAAAAGAGUGCAAGGGAGGACCAAGGAAGGGCAACGCUGAGAGGAAAGAAGGGGACCUUAAACAUAAAAGAAGGAAAACUGAAGACCAAGUGGAACCAAAGCCAGCAGACAUCUGGUUUGAUGAUGUUGAUCCAGAUGAUAUUGAAGCGGCCUUGGGGCCAGAAGCUGCAAGCAUUGCCCGGAAAAACCUGGGCAUCCCGGACAAGGGACCCCAGCAGCUAGCAGAACAGAUGUUGGUUAAAGAAAAGGCGUUCGAAGGUCUGACGAAAGCUGUGGCUAUGGACUGCGAGAUGGUGGGUGUGGGACCCACAGGAGAAGACAGCAUUGUGGCCCGUGUGUCCAUCGUGAACCUAUUUGGCAAGUGCAUUUAUGACAAAUACGUCAAGCCCAUGGAACAAGUGACGGACUAUCGGACAGCCGUCAGUGGGAUUCGGCCUGAAAACUUAAAGACAGGGGAGGAUUUCAAAGUUGUCCAGAAGGAGGUAGCCAACAUCCUAAGAGGAAAGACCUUAGUUGGGCAUGCAGUUCACAAUGACCUAAAGAUUCUGUUCCUUGACCAUCCAAAAAAGAAAAUCCGGGACACGCAAAGAUACAAGCCUUUCAAACAGCAGGUCAAGAGUGGGAGACCAUCCCUGAAACUGCUCUGUGAGGCCCUGCUGAAUGUGAAGGUGCAAACUUCGGAGCACAGUUCGGUCCAGGAUGCCCAGGCAGCGAUGAGACUGUACACGAUGGUAAAAAAACAAUGGGAAGCGUCUCUCAAAGAAAAACCAAAGGAAAAUAAAGAAUAAAUCUGGACCCUUCUGGAAGUGCUGUCCACAGUGCUGACGGACGACAAAAAGCUCUGAAGCGUCACGAUGGCCUUCUGUUUGCCCUCAGUUGGUCACCAUACAGAAAUUAAUCUGAAGGCAUUACUAAACCUUCCUUCGUUUGCCUGUGACUGAAAGUUUCCCGAGGCCUAGGCCUGGAAGAGAACUGAACCCAAUUUUCUUACUUGCAAUGCAGUUUGCUGAUCUAGCUGACUUCUUUGGUGUCUCGUUCAAAGAUAGUACAGGCCUGAGGAGCAAACUAGUGAUACUGUAUCACUUGUAUCAAGCCCAGAUUUCUCUCCAAAUGUGAAUUGUUAGGACAGAAACAGAAUUCCUCUUCUUGCAGGCAGUGUUUUGUUUGUUUAUAUACCUUACUCCCGAAUUAUCAUGACUUCAGGGGAAAGAAAUCAUAGUAUUAACAGUUC